CCAUCCAUGCUUAGAUGCAGAUCCGAGGUCAAUAAGAUUUCACAUCUCCAAAUUUGAGAAAGAGAAGAAGCAAAGAAGAUGGCCAAUCUUAGAAAUCAUUUGUUUUGUGCUUUCCAGUUCCUUUUGUUAUUGGAAACUAAAGUCCUUUGCUAUCAGUACAAGGUUGGAGAUUUAGAUGCUUGGGGCAUUCCAACAUCAGCAAAUCCCCAAGUAUAUGCCAAAUGGUCCAAGCUUCAUUCCUUCAAGCUUGGGGACUCUCUAUUGUUCUUAUACCCACCAAGCCAAGAUUCAGUGAUUCAAGUGACGGAACAAUCCUACAAUACUUGUAAUCUCAAGGAUCCGAUCUUGUAUAUGAACAAUGGAGACACACUAUUUAACAUCACUAAGCCCGGGGAAUAUUUCUUCACCAGUGGGACGCCCGGUCACUGCGAGAAGAAGCAGAAGUUAUACAUCGCAGUGCUUUCAGGGAAUGGCUCUGCAUCUGCGCCUUCUGCAUUGCCUGACACUGCAUCUUCACCGUCUUACCCAACCGUCUUCGGCUCAAUCCCUCAACCGCCGUCUUCUUUGCCGUCCUCUUCGCCGUGUCUGAGCUUCUCGACCUUCAUUACAGCUGUUGUUGCGGCAGCAUGGGUGAUAUUCAAUGCUUUGAUGUGAAGGAGGAGACGGUUACUACUCUCUACUUUCAAAUUGUCGAACAUUCCAUUUGGGAUUUAAUUUAUUUAUUCAUGUUCCUUCAAAUGAUGUUUCUGGAAUC